AGAUGGUGUAUUUGAUUGAAUUCUCUAAAAAGCAAACACAGAAAACAGAACUCAACACAGAAAAGACUAAGAAAUGGAGAAAGAAAUAAAAAACCAAAUACCUCACUGUUUAAUCAUUCCAUAUCCAACACAAGGUCACAUAAACCCAAUGCUUCAAUUCUCAAAACGUUUACUCCAAAAAGGACUAAAAGUCACACUAGUAAACACCAUAUCAUCUUCCAAAACCUUCAAAACCAUAAACCUAAACACUUCCAUCGAAUUCGAAACCAUCUCAGAUGGUUUCGACGAUGGUGGUCUAACCGCCGCAAAAAACAUCGAGACAUACAUAGAAACCUUUCGUCGAACCGGAUCACAAACUCUAACUCAACUUCUUCACAAGUUAACAAAAUCAAACAACUCUAUAGAUUGUGUUAUUCAUGAUGCUUUCUUGCCUUGGGUGGUUGAUGUAGCUAAAGAAUUUGAACUAUAUGUUGCUGUUUUUUUAACUCAAGCUUGUUGUGUUAAUAGUAUAAAUUUUCAUGCUUUUAAGGGAUGGUUGGAUUUACCUUUGUUGGAGAAAGAAAUUGUGUUACCUGGAUUGCCUAAGCUUGAAGCUGCUGAUUUGCCUUCUUUUUUGUAUAAAUAUGGAACUCAUCCUGGUUACUUUGAUAUUUUGACUAACCAAUUUUCAAUGAUUGAUCAAGUUGAUUGGGUUCUUGCUAAUACUUUUUAUGAAUUGGAGCCAGAGGUUGUAGAUUGGCUUAAGAAGAUUUGGUCAUUGAAGACAAUAGGACCAUGUGUUCCAUCCAUGUUUUUAGACAGAAGGAUCCAAGAUGACAAUGACUAUGGUAUUAACAUCUUUAAUCCAAAUUCUGAAUCUUGCAUCAAAUGGUUAGAUGAUAAACCAAAAGGUUCAGUUGUGUAUGUAUCGUUCGGAAGCAGGUCAAGUCUUAGUGAAGACCAAACUGAGGAAAUAGCUUAUGGUUUGAAAAACUGUGGCAGAUUUUUUAUAUGGGUUGUUAGAGAAUCUGAAAAAAGUAAAAUUCCGAAGGGAUUUUCGGAAACAUUAGAGAAAGGUUUGAUAGUGACAUGGUGUCAACAACUAGAAGUGUUUGCACAUGAAGCUGUUGGAUGUUUUGUAACACAUUGUGGUUGGAAUUCAACAUUGGAAGCUUUGAGUUUAGGAGUUCCGAUGAUUGCGAUGCCAAUUUGGACUGAUCAAAUUACAAAUGCAAAGUUUAUUGUUGAUGUAUGGAAAAUUGCUGUUAAAGGUGUUGGUGAUGAGAAAGGGGUGGUUAGAAGAGAAAGUAUUGAAGAUUGUAUAAGGGAAAUAAUGGAGACAGAAAAGGGAAAUGAAUUGAAAAAUAAUGCUAUCAAAUGGAAGAAUGUGUCGAAGAAAUCAGUUGAUGAGGGUGGAAGUUCUGAUAAGAAUAUUGUUGAGUUUGUGAAUGAAUUGAUGCUCAGAAGGAAGAAGUUCUAGUAAAGAUAGUGUACAUGUUUCUUCAAAUUAUGAUAUGCUAUGUCAUAUAUAACAUUGAUGCUUUAGAUGGAAGGAGCAGCUGAUGUCUGACAUGACACUUAUAUACCUGUCGUUACCCUUGGUCAUUCCAUUUUGUCAAGUUACUAUCGGUGUCGACAUGUUAGUGUUAGUAUUAUGUUUGAGUUUAGGAGUUACUAUCUAUGUCUGUUAGAAAUAAAUGUUGCUGGCUAUGUCUGUUAACAUGAAACGAAGGUUGAAUUUUGAAGUUAAGGAAAUAAUUUUAUGGUAUGAAA